AUGGUGGCCAAGGGCUGGAUUUUGCUUGUCCUGGCCCUGGAGAUGGUGGCCAAGGGCUGGAUUUUGAUUCUGGACCUGGAGAUGGUGGCCAAGGGCUGGAUUUUGCUUGUCCUGGCCCUGGAGAUGGUGGCCAAGGGCUGGAUUUUGAUUCUGGACCUGGAGAUGGUGGCCAAGGCGGAGGCUGGUGCUGGGAGCCGCGGGGAGGGAGGGACCGAGGCAGGGCCGGCGCUGGAGGCUCCGCGGGGCGCGGGGACGCUGCCCGGGGACCAGGAGGGCGCGGGCGCCAUCGCACCCCCGGCCAUGGCGGGCCGGCUCCUGCCCCCCGACACCAGCCCGGGCGCUCCCCACCCUCACCCACCUGUGCAGGUGACACGGGUGCCCGUCAUCCGCCACCGCGGCUCCAACACUCUCAACUUCCACUUCCAUGACCCGGGGAGCAGCGGCACUGCCGAGAACGGCCAGGGAGCCGCCAAGAGCUCAGUGAACGACUGGUACCAGACCUGGCCGGCCAAGGAGCCGAAAGCCCCCAGCCCCCCGGUGCCCGCCCACCCCUCACCGACCCCCAGGGCCGCCCCCAGCUGCCCGCGGCCCCCGGGCUGGUCGGCAACCUGGACCAAGGACAGCAAGCGGCGGGAGAGGCGCUGGGUGAAGUACGACGGCAUCGGGCCCGUGGACGAGACGGGGAUGCCGCUCGCCUCACGCUCGAGCGUGGACAGCCCCCGGGACUGGUACCGCAGCAUGUUCCGGCAGAUCCACCGCAAGCUGCCAGAGCCCGACUGGGACACCCAUUCCUGCCCCAGCACGGCGCCCCCAUCGCCCCCCAAACCGCGGAGGAGGGGGUCGGCCCCAGCCGAGCCCCCCGGAAUGCCCAACGGGAUGGAUUGGACCCGCUGGGGCGCCACCGGUGCCACCGCCGAGCCCGGCAGCAUUUUUGACUACGAGCCAGGGGAGUUCUCUCCGCGGGAGCAGAGCCCGGCAGCAGCACGGCCGAAGCGGGCUCAGUCCAUCGAGGUGCUGCUGGAGCAGGAGCUGGAGCAGCUCAGCGAGGAGCUGGACAAGGACAUGAGGGACAUGGAGACUCGCAGGACGCCCCGCCAGAGCCCGGCGGCUGCUCCCACCGCUCGCUCCCCUGCUCCGGCCUCCCCGGCUGCUCGGAGCCCCCUGUCACCCCACAGGAGCCCCCUGUCACCCCACCGGCUGUGGAGCCCCCCUGUCACCCCCAGCAUGGAGCGGGGUGGGCUGGGGCUGGCCAGUGACUGGAGCCACGCAGCCCCCGGCCGAGACACCCUCAGGCCAGGGACCCUCCCCAGCCUGUCGGACCUGGGGGACCCGGUGGAGGCCGUCAAGAAGGAGGAGAAGAAGAUGAAAGCUGCUCGCCUCAAGUUCAACUUCCAGGCUGAAUCUCCCAAGGAGCUGACGCUGCAGAAGGGGGACAUCGUCUACAUCCACAAGGAGGUGGACAGGAACUGGCUGGAGGGGGAGCACCACGGCCGCGUGGGCAUCUUCCCUUCCAACUACGUGGAGAUCCUGCCCCCCACGGAGGUGCCCAAGCCCAUCAAGGCUCCCACGCUCCAGGUGCUGGAAUACGGGGAGGCGCUGGCGCUCUACAACUUCAGAGGGGACCUGCACGUGGAGCUCUCCUUUCGCAAGGGCGAGCGGAUCUGCCUGGUGCGGCGAGUGAACGAGAACUGGUACGAGGGGCGGAUCUCGGGCACCAGCCGCCAGGGCAUCUUCCCCGCCACCUACGUGCAGGUGCUGAAGGAGCCGCGGGUCAAAGCCACGGCCGAGGACGCCCCCUCCUCUCCCGGCCCCGGGAGCCCCCGGCCCGCGGCCGCGUCCCCGCAGCGCUCGCCCGCUGCCCGCAGCCCCCAGGCUGCCCCCGGCUCCCCCCGCGAAGCCAGGCGGGGUCCCGGGGUGACGGGGGGUCUCCCGUCCUCUCCGCUCCACCUCGGCACCCCCUCCCCAAAGCUGCCCCACGCCCCCAGCCCCUUGGCCAGCCCCCCGCACCCUGCGGCCGCCCACCCCCCGGAGCCCCGGCGUCCCGCCUGGACCCCCGAGCAGCGCUCGGCACAAACCAGCGCCCGCCCCGAGCCCGCCCCGUCCUACAACGGCUCCGAAAUCCGGUGGACACCGUACCGCGCGCUCUACCAGUACCGGCCCCAAAACGCCGACGAGCUGGAGCUGCUGGAAGGGGACAGGGUGGAUGUCAUGCAGCAGUGCGACGAUGGCUGGUUCGUGGGAGUGUCCAGGAGGACGCAGAAAUUCGGCACUUUCCCCGGGAAUUACGUGGCGCCGGUGUGACCGGACCCCGGGGGGAGGAGUGGGGCUGGGGGCUUCUCCCUGUGUCCCCUCCGUGUCCCCCCGCGGGGAUGAAGCGCCCCCAGCUCCCUCCCGCCCCUAUGGGGCUGCGUCUAACAGGGACAAAUCCCCCGGUUCGGGGUGUCCCCUCACCCCUGUGCCUUAACCCGCCCCCUCCUCACCGCUGCCCGCCGCCCCCGCCCCGGGGGUCGCCCCGGGGGUCUGUCCGCUGCGGGGUCUGACCAUGACGGCCGCGACCCGCGCUGUGGGUCCGUGUCCGGGAGUCGCCUUCGCUUUUUUUCCAUCAUUAAAGCUCAGCUCAAGCCCGA